GUAUUUCGAAAUCGAAAUUCGAAAAACAUAGCUUUUUGCUUUUUGUUAUGUAGUUAAAUUCUUUUAUAUAGCUAUAACCUAGUAAAAAUUAAUAUUUAGAUUACACCUUUACUAAUAUGGCAGAAGGCGAUACUUACUGCAGAUUAUGUGCUGAACCAACGCCGAGAGAACUACUAAUAUCGCCUCACGAAAAUGUUGCGGUGUCGUCUAAAAUAUCAACAAAGCUAAAAUGGAUAAACGUUGAUAUAUCAGCUCCUAAUUAUCCAAACACUAUAUGUUUCUCAUGUUUUGAUCAACUAGAAAGAACAUGGUCCUUUCUUAACACCGUACAAGCUGCUCAACGAAAGUUAUCGUCAAUUUUUAAGCUACCAAACAGCGAUUCCUCAUCCAUUGCUGGGAAACCUGUUGAUGAAAACUGGGAAGAGUAUGGUGAGCUUAAAAAGGAAAUUAAAGUUGAAUUAUUACUUGCGGACCAAACCAACAACCAAAAUGGUGUUAAGUAUGAACAAGAGAGUGACCAAGAUUUUGAAAUGGCCUUUGAAGUCCUCAGUGCCAAGUCCAGUGAUAGUGACAUGCCUCUGCAGGUGACAGCAAAAAAGAAGAAAGUAAAACCUAAGCUGAAAAACAUUAAGAAAUCUAUUGAGCUUGAUUUAUUGACUGAGAUAGGGAGUUGGGAAGAUGUAAAGUGCCAAUGUGCUAAAUGUGACGCUGAGUGCAAGAAUAUAGCAUCUCUACAGAUACAUUCAAUUAAAAUUCAUACUAAGUGCUGUGUUUAUAAAUGUCUUGAAUGUGACAAGGUCUUGCACACAUUUAAAGGGUACAUCAAACAUGUGAAAACACACAGGCCAAGAUUGCAGCACUACUGUGAAUAUUGUAAUAAAUUUUUCAAACUUAUAUCCGAGUGUACAUUGCAUAAAAACAAAUAUCACAAAGAUAUAUUCUUGAAAAAAUGCCGUUAUUGUGGUGCGGAUUUUGAGACUACAGAGGAGUUAUUACAACAUAAUUUCAUGUACAAUGAACCGAAAACCGAUGCUCAGAUGGAUUUGAAAUGUACGCAAUGUAAUAAAGAGUUUAAGUCAAAAAGUAAUUUGCAGCAGCAUAAGCAGCUGCAUAAUAUGGAACGUAUCAGAGACUUUUCAUGUCACAUUUGCGGAAAACAAUUCUUCGCUAAAGGCACUCUAAUCACUCAUAUGUCUACGCAUGAGGAUAAAAAGCCAUUUAAGUGCCCUUACUGUCCGCUAGCGUUUAGACUUAAAGGAAACCUUAACUCUCAUAUCAGUAGGCACUCAGGACUCAAACCAUUUAUGUGUGAGCAAUGCGGCAUGAGUUUCCGGGUGAAAAGACAGUUGAAAUCACAUUCUAUAGUUCAUACAGACCUAAUGCCUUAUGUAUGUGAAUACUGUAAUAAAAAGUUUAGGUUUAAGACUAGAUUGAAUUUACAUCUCCGUCAGCAUACAGGUGCUAAGCCUUACAAGUGUUUGUAUUGCCAAAGAGAUUUUACAAAUGGGUCUAAUUUUAAGAAGCAUAUGAGAAGACGACAUGGCGUUGACACAUCCAAGCAGAAGUUCAAUAAUGUGGAGGAAGUAGAAAUUAAGGAUAUUAUAAUAUGUGAGGAAACGAAAGUUGGUUGAUUUAAAUGGAGUAAGUAAUGGUCCAUGUGAAACUUCCAAAUGUGUAUAUUUACAGCAAUAUAUUGGUACAAUAAUAUUAACUAUAGUUCGGCUUUAUCAGCAUAAUUUCAUAUAUUAUAUUAAUAAUGUAUUAUAUAAGUUGGAAAUCAUAA